AUGUCCCCUUCUUCGAGCUCCAGAAGCUACACCGAUGCCGAAGUGGAGAGAUCACUUGAUAUGGAACAUUCAAGUUCUAAUGGUGGGGUGGUUGAUUCUCCCAGGAGCCAUGACACAGAGCGGACUUCUCUAGAUAACUCUGACCAUUUCAUACAAGAAGAUUCCAAUUCAAUUACUGAAGUUGAUGACCUAGCAGAGACUAGUACGGCAACAGCAAAUGGUGCGAGUGACACCGAACAUAUGGCUCCAGAUGCUAGCUUUGAACAAGCUAUGGAGAUCAUGAAAUCUAGAAGCACACCAGAAAUGCCAGAAGAUCUUGACAGCGGCAUCAUAUUUGAGCACACUUACCUUGUGGAGUCAAAAGAACUGAACUAUCUUCUGUUCAAACCUGAUUCUCAGUUCUUGAAAGAUCUGCGUGAGCUUCAAGGUACCAUAGACUAUGAGGAGCAGCCGUGGACAUGGAAGAGCAUGGAUCCUCCUAGCUUAACUAGGACAUGUCAAUACACCAAAGGCGCAUCAAAGUUUAUGAAAGCUGUCAAGACGAGUGAGGAGCAGACAUAUCUUAAAGCAGAUGGCAAGAAUUUUAUCAUUAUGACUCGUGUUCGUACUCCUGAAGUGCCCUUUGGGAACUGUUUUGCAGUUGUUUUGCUCUACAAGAUAAUCCACAGCACCGGGUUAUCAGGAGGUGAAGAAAGCGCACAUCUGACUGUAUCAUACAAUGUAGAGUUCCUUCAGAGCACCAUGAUGAGAAGCAUGAUUGAGGGGAGUGUUCGAGACGGGUUGAAAGAAAAUUUCGAAGGUUUUGCUGAAGUAUUGUCUAGGCACGUCAAAAUGACUGAUUCUGUAGGGAUGGAUAAAGAUCAGUUGCUGGCGCCAUUACAGGUAGAACACCAGUCAGAUAUCAGGCUUGCUUACAAGUAUUUUUGCAAUUUAACUGCCAUUUCAACGGUGCUAUUUGCACUAUAUGUUCUUGUGCACAUCUUUCUGUCAAAACCCGGCUCAAUCAUGGGCCUUGAGUUCAAUGGUCUAGAUCUACCUGACUCAUUCGGAGAGCUGAUCACAGCUGGCAUACUAGUCCUUCAAUUUCAGCGUUUACUGAAUAUGGUGUCUCAUUUUGUAGAGGCAAGGUUACAGAGAGGAAGUGAUCAUGGGGUUAAAGCAAAUGGUGACGGUUGGCUGCUAACUGUAGCUCUUCUAGAAGCUACAAGCUUGCCACCCGUUUCAUGUGGAUCAGUUGACCCUUAUGUUGUGUUCAGCUGUAAUGGCAUAACAAGAACAAGUUCUGUUCAACUUCAGACUCAGGAACCUCAAUGGAACGAGAUAAUGGAAUUUGAUGCCAUGGAAGAACCACCUGCCGUGUUGGAUGCUGAAGUUUUCAAUUUCGAUGGUCCAUUCGAUUUGGCUAUUUCCCUUGGACAUGCUGAAAUUAAUUUCCUGAAACACACAUCAGUAGAACUGGAAGACAUAUGGGUGCCCCUGGAGGGAAAACUUGCCCAGACAUGUCAGAGUCGGUUACAUUUGAGAGUAUUUCUAGAGAACACAAAAGGACCAGAGACAUCAAUGAGAGAAUACCUGAGUAAGAUGGAGAAGGAAGUUGGUAAAAAGUUGCAUGUUCGGUCACCUCACAGAAAUUCAACAUUCCAGAAGCUUUUUAAUCUGCCAGACGAAGAAUUCCUUAUAGCAGAUUAUGCAUGCUCCUUGAAAAGAAAGCUGACUUUGCAGAGUGGCCGGGGACUCGACGCAAAGAGUGGUGCAAAGUCCCAAGACAAGGAAGGGAGACUGAAGUUUCAGUUCCACUCUUUUGCAUCGUUCAGCAAGGCUAGCAGGACAAUAAUUGGUCUGUGGAAAACGAAAUCGUCGGCCAUUGAACAGAGGUCCAAACUGGAAGAAGAUCGUGAAGAAGAUGCGAGCUCCGUUGAUCUUGAUGCUGUUCAAGCUGUGUUGAGCAUUGGAGACGUGCCUCUCUCGAAGGAGUGUACUUUGGAACAUCCGAUUGACGCUGAUCUGCUCAUGGGUGUGUUCGACGGGGGAGCCCUGGAGACGCGGACGAUGAGCCGGGUCGGUUGCCUCGACUACUCCGCCACCCCGUGGGACGCCGUGAGGCCGGGCGUCCUGGAGCGGCACGUCAGCUACAAGUUCAACCGGUACAUGUCCAUCUUCGGCGGCGAGGUGGUCAGCACCCAGCUCAAGUUCCCGGCGGAGGACGGCGGUGGGUGGACCAUACACGAUGUCAUCACGCUCCACAACGUCCCCUUCGGUGACUACUUCCGGGUCCAUCUGAGGUACAACGUGCAGAGCGCCACGUCUGAGGCGCCGAGCAGCCGGUGCGAGAUACUGGCCGGCAUCGUGUGGCUCAAGAGCAGCAAGUUCCAGAAGAGGAUCGCCAGGAACAUCUGCGAGAAGCUGGCGCACAGGGCCAAGGAGGUGCUCGAAGUGGCCGGGAAGGAGAUAGCCUCGGCUGUGUCAGUCUAG